GCGCAGGCGCGGUGGUGGGGGCGGGGGGAGCGUCCCGCGGGGGCUGCUGGGAGAUUCCCGUGUGGCGGGGAGGCGGCGGGGCCGGGGCGGGGGCGCCGCCUCGGUGCGGCAGGGCAGGGCCGCUCCCGGCGGGGCGGGGCGGGCCGCGCCGCGGGGCGGGGGCGGGCCCGGGCCUGGCCCCCCCUUUCCCCCCCAGCGGGGGGGCCUGCGCGGGCCGGCGGUCGCCCGGUGAGAGGCGGGAGGCGCCAACGGCUUCCCCCACGCGCCGCGCCUCCCCUCAGGCUGCGCCGCUCGGCGUCCGGGGGAGGGACCGGCCCAAGCGGCGGCGGCGGGAGCCCGCCCGGUGCCGGUGUCUCCCCGCCUGCGUGCCCGGGUCAGGGGCGGCUUUGUGCUGUUUUGCCACAGAGUAAAAAUGGCCUCUCGGCGGAUCACACGGGAGACGUUUGAUGCUGUAGUGCAGGACAAAGUUAAAAGGUACCGGAUGGAGCGCGGCGAUGCCAUGGAAGACGCCAUCCAUCCCUUCAAAGCUCAUUCACGGCCAGUCCCAAGACCAAGAUACGAAGACAGUUUUCACGAUGAGGGAAGAUAUACUCAUGACGACAUCCAACACCAUCCACAUGAUGACUGGAGUGAAGACCCUAGAGAUGAGUAUCCAGGACCUUCUUAUAGAUCUAACAGCCCUCUCAUAAGGAAAGAUAACUACUACCAUGAACAGUAUGGCCGUCCAGCGUCUCGUGACCGGGAGUAUGGGCACCCAGCUUCUCAUGACAGGGAAUUUGGCCGUCCAGCAUCUCGCGACCGGGAGUAUGGGCGCCCGGCUUCUCAUGACAGGGAGUAUGGGCGCCCAGCAUCUCGCAACCGGGAGUAUGGGCGCCCGGUUUCUCACGACCGGGAAUAUGGGCGCCCAGUUUCUCAUGAGCAGGAGUAUGGAGACCUGGCUUCUCAUGAGCAGGACUAUGGCCAUCCUGACCCCUGGGAGUCCACCGGACCACAUGAAACUGACUUUAGUUCUUCAGAUAUUUUAGGUGAUUUUAGAUCACCAGGACUCAUGGAGGAUGAAUACAGUAACAUGGAAAGUCAGGAGUAUGAUAUGGACUUUGGAAUUCAAUCUGACGGUGAGUUCAGGCCCCCGGUACGGAGGGGCAACAUCGGCAGGGGAAGAGCUCUGCGAGGAAAACGUAUCGCAAGGGGCGCUACCAAAACUAAAGUAUUCAAAGGAGAUAUCAAAACUCCCCUAAAAAAAUGGAACACUAAAAAGCUGCAACCGGAGCCCGAACAGAAGCCAGCUAUGCAAUCUGAUCAAAUGCCAGAGACUGCUGAACGUCCUAACCAGAGGCCGGUGACCGUCCAGCGCCCUAAUCAAAAGCUGCCUCCACGAUCUAAUCAGAGACCAACUAUAACAACUCAGAGACCUAUCCUCAGGCUUCCAAAGCCUGCGCAUGUUUUCAGAAAUCUCAGUUUUGACCUUGUGGACAAAUCUGACAUUUUUUCAACAUUUGGAAUAGAAAUCAUAAAAUGGGCCGGAUUUCAUGCAAUAAAAAAUGAUGCAGAAUUUUCCCGGCUCUUUGGAGCUCUCUUUGAGCUAGAGACAGAAACCUGUGCGAAAAUGCUUGCUUCAUUCAAAUGCUCGCUAAAGCCAGAACACAGAGAUUACUGUUUCUUUACUAUCAAGAGUUUACAACAUGCUGCUCUGAAAACUCCCAAAGUGGACAAUGAGUUUUUAAAUAUGCUAUUGGACAAGGGUGCUGUGAAAACAAAGAACUGCUUCUUUGAAAUAAUAAAACCUUUUGAUAAAUACAUAAUGAGGCUCCAAGACCGUCUACUAAAAGGUGUUACACCUCUGCUCAUGGCCUGUAAUGCCUACGAAUUAAGCAUUAAGACAAGUGGUUUCAGUAAUCCCAGAGAAAUGGCAAAUGCUUUUGAGACCACUGUUUCUCUUUGUCGUAAGUCUUUAGCACUUCUGGGUCAGACCUUUGCAUUAGCAUCUGUUUUCAGGCAAGAGAAAAUACUUGAAGCUGUAGGGCUCCAGGAAAUGGCUCCCGCACCAACAUUAUUCCCAAAUUUUGAUGAUUCAACAUUGUUUGGAAGAGAGUACAUAGAAAAUUUGAAGGCUUGGUUGGAGAAAAGUGGAUAUCCAAUUCAGAUGAAAAAAGCUGAACCGGAGUCCACAGUACAGCUUAAAAAACCCUCUCCUGACACAAAAAUUAAGAUCCCGCAGCGAGCUGAUCGGAAAGUUGUAGAGACAAUUGAAAAGCUAGUGAAUAGCAUUGUUUCAGGAACCUUGUCUGCCAAAGAGAGAAACGCUCAAAAGAACUGUCCUGAAUAUUGGUUCUUGUCUGAAGAAGAUAGUCUAGAAUACAAAUAUUACAGACUGAAGUUAUCAGAGAUGCAAAGGCGGACAUCAUCCGGCAAGGAAGCGGGUGGUGAGGGCAGAACACUAGAAGAAUCUGCAACAGAAUCAGUAAGGGCCAUGUUGUAUGCCAGGAAAGUAGCAAGUAUUAAGAGAAGACUAUUUAAAAGAAAAAGGCUUGGAGUUAUCGCACAACGUGGAAUUCGAGGAAGGAAGGUGAGGAGGGCAACAAUAGGGACGCAGACUGUGCUGUCAGCGGGAACAAUGCUGAAACACCAAGACAAGCACAUCCAAGGUUCAGUCCAGUCAAAGCCUUCUGUAUCAGAAACCAACGUGGCCGAAAAGAAUUGUUCUUUGGAUACAACCGGCUCCUCACAAUGUGCCACCAGUCCGGAAGUCUCUCUGCCAGCAGAAGAAGGGGCAGAUUCUGAAGAUUUAUUGGCACCACCUGAACUUUUCCCACCAUUGUCCUCUCAGUUUCCUGAUGUGGAUGCUAAAACAAUGGAAACUGCUGAGAAGCUGGCUAAGUUUGUUGCUCAGGUAGGACCAGAAAUUGAGCAGUUCAGCAUAGACAACAGUGCAGAUAACCCGGAUCUUUGGUUUCUACAGGAUCGGAAUAGUUCUGCUUUCAAAUUUUACCGAAUGAAAGUCUAUGAGUUAUGUCCAUCUAUUAACUUCAGUGCUGUGUCAGAAGCAACUGAUGCUGGGGAAGGUACUAAACCUGAAGAGAGAAAUCUGGAUAUUUCAGAAGAGGAGGAGGAAGAGGAUGAAGACGAAGAGGAAGAAGAUAAUGAGGAGGAAGCUGAGUUUGAAGAGGAUAUCUCCCGACCUUUGGAAGAAAUGGAAAUGGAGCAAGCAGAGGAGGGAGAAGAGGAGGACUUCUCAGCAGGUAGAAGUGAGGAGAACCUAGCUGAAGAGAUGAGUUCCAAAACAGGAGAAGAAAUUUCAACAGGUGAAAUGCAGCUAGCCACAUCAUCUGAUGGUACUAUACCAAAUCUGUCAACACAGGCAUCUGCUCCUGUUCCUGGUACCCUGUUUCCUCGCAAACGAAUCAGCAGCAAGUCACUGAAAGUUGGUAUGAUUCCUGCCUCUAAAAGGAUAUGCCUCAUAGAAGAACCAAAAGUUCAUGAACCUGUCAGAAUCGCUUAUGAUAGGCCUCGUGGUUGCCCAGUUACAAAGAAGAAGAAGAAACCUAAAGAUUUAGAAUUUUCACACAAGAAACUGACAAACAAAAAUGUGGGUUUCCAGAUGCUUCAGAAGAUGGGCUGGCAAGAAGGACAUGGCCUUGGUACACGAGGAAAAGGAAUCAGAGAGCCUGUAAAAGUGUUUGACAUAAGAGACUCGCUCGCUAGAAAGUGCACGGAUAUGCAAAGGCUGCUGUGUGAAAGAUCUUCAGCAGAGUAUGCCAGUAUGAAGAACGCUUUGUUCUAUAGUAUUGGACUUGAAUACUGAUGUAUGAAAACAUUUUCCAAGAUAAAAGUUAGUCUUGUAUUUAAUUGUGCAAGCUAACAACUUGGAUGUCAUCUUCUGAGGAAGAAACAACUGAUUUGUUCUCGGAAGUGCCUGUUUACCUCUCUCUUUGGCCAAGUUUGCCUGUUACAUGAUGAGAUGGCUUUCUCCAAACAGAAUAAGCAACACUAAAAAUGUGACUAUCCUGCUUCGGCUCUGUUCCUUUCUGAAGCCAAGAACCUUCUCAAAUUCAGAUCUUACUGCAAGGCAGUUCAUUUUUUUAUUUUACUAAAUUUUGGUGAUGGGCUAAUCUUUUGAUCUACUUCUGGAGUCUGUGGAAAGCAGAGUCCUUUCCUCCAUACAGCAAUUUUAAGAACAGUCUCUACCUGCAUGCUUAUUUUAUAUAGGAUUCUCUGCUUUCAGUGUAGGAUGGAUAACGGUUCAUCCAAGUUUGAGAACACUAAACUCUUGCUUGAAAACCUCAGCUGCUAAGGUUUUUCAUUGUAACGAACAAGCAGUACACAUUUUAAGUGUACUUUUUGUUUUUACACAAAUUUGCAGCUCUUGUUCAACAAAUUCUUGAUUAAUUUCUUUCCUUCUCAAAGAAGUUUAAGCCAUGAACAGAUGUAAUUCAUGUGUCUGCAGAAAAUACCGAAGAAAAUAUUUGGAAGUCAGAUGUUCAGAAGUCAUCUGGAGUGGAUUAUCAGUUGUCAUUUCUGUUUCUAUUAAAUAUUUGCUUUGCAGAAGUUCUUUUAUUGAAUAAAUCCCAAGAAAUAAGACAAAAAGCUUGUAAAUUUAAGGGAUUAUUCUAGAAUUUACUGAAAGAAGAUUGGAUUAAUCUACUCUGCUUCAAUAAAAAAAAGCAUUACCUAACUUCCUGGUGAAGCAGUUCUGAAGAAAUGAAAGAUUUAGCAGUGUUACUACAGAUAAAUGUUCAAGGUCUGAUCAUUCAUCUUUUUCAGACUUGCAUAUCAAUAAGGGAUCUGACUGGAUUACUGAAAGCGACAAUUUAAUAUCCCACUUUUUAGCAUACUCCUUCUCUAUCAUUACCUUUCUAAAACUAGUCAAAAGUCUUCACUUGAACGUUAUAGUAAUACUUCACUGAAGUUCUCUUUAAAGAGAGUUUAUCUUGAGCUGACGCAUGUUUUGCUUACUAGGAGUGAGUGCUGUCUUGCUGAUGUUUUCAUCCUGCACCAUGCUUCUUGUAAAGCAAAGAGCUUGUGGUAUACAACUAAUAGCACCCCACAGUAAUGUGGCAACAUCUCAAGUUCCUAACUGACAAUACGCAAGAAAAUGUGUUCAGUUAUCAACUUGCCUGUGCCUGCUGUUUAAAGGACAAGACAAUAUUCUCUCUCCGUUAAAAACCUAGCUGGUUGAAAGGGAGUGUCUUAUUUUCAUUCUGUAGCAACAAACUUUUUCUUGCCUGUAACCAGUUUUAGUUUGUGAAUGCAAGAUUUUUCUUUGCUGUAUGGGUCUGUGAAACCAAAAGCUACAAUAUGUUACAGUAUAAUUUUCUGAUCACUCAGUUUUAGUUGCUUUGGAGCAUAUGAUCACUAAAUAAAACUAUAAUGGCAGGUAUGGAAAAAUGUCAUGCUGAUAGUUCUGUUUUUUCGUGAACAUAUAUGUCUUCACCUUUACAUUACAAGAAGUUGAAGCAUCAAGACCAUAAAUACAGAAAUGUUUCUCGAGGUUUAUCUGGUUAUCACACUCGAUUAAAGACAUUUGAUAGUCCAGAGAUUUCUCAUAGGCUUUGCUUGGAGAUAUCUUAAAUCCAUGAACAUUUUGGACCACAGGCUACUUUUAAGAUCAUCUAUUACAGUACUUGGCAGUGUAUGCUUACCUGUUGAAUUCCUGUUAAUUCCUAUUUGGAUGUGCUCUCCACUGCCCCUCUUUCCUUUCCUGUGCCUGUUUAGCAGUUACACAGUGUAAAACUUAAGUCUUUCAAAAAGGAGAUCAGUCACAGUCUGUUUCAGAAUGAUACUCUGGAACCAAUACUGUUGGCCCCAGAGUUAUUUCUCAGACCCACUCAUAAGAAUUUAGCUUUUCUUUUAGUUUCAUUGAUGAAGCUGACAGUGUUGCUGUUCAGUUUUUUUUACUUCCCUGCAAGCUUCCAGUUCACCUCUUCUUCUACAUUUGCGUUUGGGAAGCAUUCUUGAUUGUAUGCUACAGUAUUUGCAGAAAGGCACAAGGCAAACUUGUUUCACACUACAUUGAAAUCCGCUUUCUCAGACCCUGAUCAGCAUUCUGCGCUGUUCUGGUUUAACCUGAGAUUGUUAAGCAUAGUACCAUUUGGGGUGCAUUUGCUAAACGCCCCCAAUCUGGGAAAAUUGUUGGUAUCCAGAUUGGAAAAAUGGUACCUUCCUUUCUGAUUGCAAUUCAAUUCAGAGUAUAAUGCUGUCUUGAAAAUAAAGAUGAACAUUGGGAAAAUCUUAACCUGCUACCCUGGAUGACUGUAGUAUGGUCUAUCUUUCUUGUGCCAAACUUUAAUUUUGGACAAGAUAGCAGCAGAGCAGCACUGGUGCAGAGAUUCCAGUGUUGCUCUCGAGUGGGUUACCAUUUGCCACUUUUAUCUUGUUUUACCAAGAGAUGACCUUACACUCCUUUUGCAAAAGGAAUUUCCUUUUAUUUUGACCUGCUUUUGCAGGCAGCUCUGAUUUGAAAAUUUAAAUACAUGUACAUGUGAAACAUUUGUUAUGCAGAUACAUUGCCUUGUUUAAAGUUUACUAGCUUCUUUUCUGUUAUUUUAGUUCCAGGCUCUCUUCCAUGAAGACUGCAAGCUUCAGUGAACAUUUUAACUAACUUCAGUGGUGUGUCUACUGUCUUUUGGUUGUUUUUUUGCCAUUAAUCUUGUAGAGCAAUUUGCUAGUUUCUGUUCCGUGCGAAUUGGCAGUAGUGCUAAGCUAGUAACAAUUAGAUGCUUAUGUUAUUGGAUAACUGACAUUUCUUUUUAGUGUAAGUAAACAUGUUAGCAUUGUUAAUCUUUUAAUAUCUGCAAUAAAUGUAGAACUAAACAAUUUCUGGUUUAAAUGUUUUGCUUGUGAAUUUGGCCCUUUGUGAGAGAUAUGCAUCAUUUUGGCACUAACAAGUGGAAUUGAGAUUAUGCAGUGUUAUUUUAGUAUGAAACAGGAUUUUAUAGUGUGUGAGGGAAGUAAGGUCCCUCUGUUUCUGUGCUGCUAAAUGGUUUCUGUAAAGAAUACCCAUUAAAUCACUUUUUUGUUACUUUUUCAUGGGUUCCAGUGCAUGAAACCCACGCGCAACAGUGUUAUGUGCGACAUGAAUGCCAAAACCAUUGUUCUCCAGUCAAAAUGCAAGAGUUUUGCCCUUUACUCGUGUCUGAGGAAUGAGUUGUCUCUUUGAUUUUCCCAGUGCCCUGAGUUUAAGACAGCAAAGCUUUCUCUUUACAUAUAUGUGUGGUUUACUGUUGCCUUUAAAUUCAAAUUUUUUUUAAGAAAGUAUGUGAGGGGGAAAAUUGCAACAAACUGAAAUUUAACACGUCUACAGCAGCCUUCUGAGAGGUAAAGUGAGAGUGUUCAUUUGCUAAAGAUUCAAGCCAGGUCUCAUGUCCCUUCCUUUUAUACUGACAGCUAUAGCAAGCAUUACUGAGACAAGUUCAAGCCCUAGCUGUACCUUUUUUUCCCCCCCCCCCCCUCCUUUUCCUUAAAAAACGUGCUAAAUGUUAAGGACCUGGUUCUAGAAGAAAGGAAGUUUUCCCUCAGGGGAGAGAAAUGAGGCAAUCCCCAAUUUGGGGGAGUUGCCCUAAUGGAGUAAAGAAUUACAGUCAUAGUAUUUUUACAUUGGAGUAAUUGUGUCGGACUAAUACAGAUGUUUUCAUUCUCUUGCUUUCAAAGAUUGUUGUUGUUGUAAUACCAAUGACAUUUUCCUAUUUAUUGUUUUUUUAUAAAACACUACAGCAUCCUUAGUGUGAACACUUAAUCUGUGCUGAGAUAUUAUUUCUCAAAAUCGAUGUACAGUAUUUUUUUCUAUUGAUACUUCAUUCUAUACAUCUUCUGGUUUUGUGCCCAAAGAAAGUCUGGACUCUUAAAUUCAAAUACUGAUACUUUGGAUUCUUUUCUGUCCUAUAAGUAGGUAUACUUUAUAAUUCAAAAUGAAUUUCUGGAAGUCCUGUACCAUCUUUCAUUCUGCAUAUCUCGCGACUGAGUGGCCAAUCACAACCAGACUGUACAUUUGAGCAAUAACAAACACCUAAAUGAGAACAUGCUCAAAGAACAAUAGGGUACUUCGGAAAUAAAUAGUUUUUGUGAACUGUGUUGAGUAGGUAACUUGCUGAAUUGCAGCAAGUGUGGAAAAUGUUUGCAUUAUCUGUGGGCAAUAAAGUUACUGCUGUUUAAGAAA